AUGAUCAUGGGGGAGGGCCUCUUCCAGGCGGACGGCCACCCCGGGAACAUCCUGGUGCGCCACGGCGGCUCCAUCGCGCUCCUGGACUACGGGCAGUCCAAGCAGCUGCCGGGGGCGGAGCGGGAGGCGCUCGCGCGGCUGAUGAUCGCGCUGGACAGGGAGGACACUCCUGCCAUCAACGCGGCCAUCACGGGCCUGGGCGUGCAGAUCGACAAGGUGGACCCCGAGCUGCGGCGCUCCCUGGCGUACGGCAUGUUCGACACGCGCGGCACGGUGGGGGCGCCUUCGUAA